GCAUGUUCAUUGGUCUGCUGGUCACUAGGCAACUAGGCUCUACUUCCGGGGUAGUGGUCAAACGAGUACUGUGGUGAUAUUUUUCAUCGAAUUUGUACAGGUAUACGAUUGCUCUUUGCAUAAUAUACGCUUAAUGUGUGAAAUAGUCAUUUAUUGCAGUUUCUUUCCGAAUAACCAACACAGCCAUAAAAAUGAAAUACACGACAUUGGCGAGACGGUUGUUGUGUUUUUUGUUUAUUUGCGCUUGUGUCUUUUUAACCCUCUAGAUCAAUAACUAAUAGAAACAUUGUCUAAACACCUCCAAUAACGACAUACAAAGGGUGUAUUUUGGAUGUUGUGAAACAUGUUGUCUUCACGUGCCCAUUGUUACAAUCCAGUGCAAAAAUAUAUAGACACGGAAUUGUUUAUUUGUACUUGAAUGAUCAUUUAAAGUAAACCUUCGUUUGCGUUUAAGGACAUAAUGACUCGUGCUCGUAGAACACAAUUUUCGGACAAGUUCUACAGAUAUCCCACCAAUUUAGUAGACCUCGAAUGCAACAAACACUGUAAUGUACGAGCUUCGGCCUGGCGUGACGUCAUCCAUGUGUCAUGGCGGCGCCCAUAGCACUCAUACAAGGUGCCAGCCGUGGACUGGGGUUCCAAUUUUGCAAACAUAUAUUAAAAAACAAAAACCCCUCGACUGUCAUAGCGACAUGUCGGAAUCCAGACGCGGCGGUGGAGUUGCUGGGCCUCGCCGGGCAGAACCCGGACAGGUUGACGGUUCUCAGGCUGGACGUGAACCGGGAAGAGGACAUCUGGGAAGCUGCCGAGCGGGUGAAGAAGAGCUUUGGUCGGCUUGACUUGUUGGUCAACUCCUCGGCUUUGCUGCACCCUUCUGGUAAAGGAGAGACUAGCUUGAGAGACGUUUCUGCACAGGGCAUCAUUUCCACCCUGACGACCAACACAGUGGGUCCGCUGGUCAUGGCCAAGUAUUUUGCACCCCUUCUACAAAAGGGAAUUGGCGGCUUUGGUCAGCAGUCAUCCGAAAGGGCCAAGCAGCACAGCGGCAUCAUCGUCAAUAUCACCGCUAAAGUGGGCUCCAUUGGCGACAAUGGUCUUGGUGGUUGGUACAGCUACAGAAUGUCCAAAGCAGCUCUCAACAUGGCUACAAGGAAUCUUUCCAUAGAACUGGGCCGCAGUCGACCCAAGGUGGUGUGUGUUUCUUUGCACCCAGGGACCGUGGACACAGACCUGUCACGGCCGUAUCACAGGAACGUCCCCAAGGAAAGGCUGUUCAGCACUGAACACUCCGUCAGCUGUCUGAUGAGCAUCAUAGAGACGCUGGAUUUUGACAAGACGGGGAAUGCCUACAGCUGGGAUGGCGCUCAGCUGCCUUGGUAGGAAAAAAUACAAACAAACCUCAUAAAUAAUCUCUUUGCAUUUUAUAGACUUGAUAAUAAGAUAGUGAAUGAAAAGUUCGUGCUGUGUAGGUGAGGAUUUUUGGAAGUGCCAUUAAACAAAGGUCUUUGGCAUUAUUUUAACUAAACAUGUGGUCUAUUAUGGUUUGGUUGAAAGUUAUUCAUGAACUGUAUACACACAAUCUGGUCUAUUUAAAAUGCAUUAAAGUAUUGGGCGUUGCUGAGUCAAUUGUCAUUAUUUCAUUAUUACGUUUGUAUUUUAUUUUUAUUCUUCAUUAGAGUAAUUUCUAAGUUGUAACUGUAAAUUCCUGUAAACUGUACACUCUAUAUUCCCCCACGGCCUAACAGUUUUAUUUCUAAAUUGAACUGGACAGGUUAACGGUCACAUUUUCUAUUAAAGCUAUACUCUAUAUCCUUGAUACCGCUGUAUUUAUUGUAGCUACUGUAUUUAUUUGACAAUUUUACCUUUUUUAUAUAUAUUAUUUCCUUAAAAUAUGCUUAGAAAGUUCACUUUCUAUGUAAAUCCAGUGGCGAGCUGGUUAACUGUUGUUUUUGUUGCACUGUAUGUACCAUAAUAUACCACCAGAUGACGCCAAAACCACGCUUUAAAAUUGCUCUUGUCGGCUGAGUAAGCACAAUGCUAUAGUCCAAGUAAAAUAAGCAUUCAUUUCCAUCAAUUUCAAUCGGAAAUGUCGCCUUUUAGGGAGAUUUUGUACUUUAUAUGUCCAAAAUUGUACUAUUGCAAGCUGGGACUCAAGACUAUGUUUUAUAG